AUGACAUGGGUGCGAUUGCGUGGCAUGACUUGGAUGCAAUUGAGACAAGACCACCUGCCUCUACCAACGACCGUCUUACCCAGCUUGAAGCUGCUUCUCCCUUCUCGAAAGUUCGCCCGCUUGACGCUGCUAAUCUCUUGUCCGAAACUUUCAAAUCGUCUCCCUUCUCCAAAGCUUGCCAGCUUGACGCUGCUAAUCACUCGUCCAGAACUUUCAGAUCGUUUUGCUUGCCCUUAUCCGAAUAUUUCAGGAUCUAUUGCCUCUUCCGAUACUGCUUUCCAAACCAGCUCUUUGACCUGUCUUGAUCGAAACUUGAUCAGUGUUUUCUACUACUAUCUGCUUAUCAUGAAGCGCUUCAGAAACAAUGACGAGACUGAGACUGCAUGGCAAGAUCCAAAUCAGCUUGCAAUCCCCGCGCUUCGUCAAGCUUUGACCACGUUUGGAAUCUGCUUGGAGGAAGGUGAAUAUCGCAGCAAAUUAUUCCAACGCUAUGUCAAGCUUGCCCGCAUCGAGUCACCUGAAUCUGUGGAGCGUUGGCUUGAGCUGGACUCGUUAGACGCACCUUUGCCAGCCGCCAAACAACUUCAGGUCGCCAAGUUGAAAAUCAUACUGGCUCUUCACUCGGUCAACUACCCGGCACAAGCAAGUCGCGGGCAUCUAGUCAAGCUAUACAAUGCGCUCAAGAAUGAACUCAAUCCCAGUGGCUCAGUCAUCGAAGUCAGUACCACGUUGCCCUCACGUUCCGAUCACAAAAAGAAGAAGAAAAGCGCGCAAGCCACCCACGAAGAAUCAUUGCCACUGCCAACGCCGCCAACGCCAACAGACACCCGUUUUCCCACCCAUGUUGGAAAGACUCGACGUACCAAGUCGGCAGCUAGGGAAGAUACAUUCUUUCAGCCAUAUCGAUCCCCUGACAGACCAGCUAGAUCCUUGGUGUGUCUCUCAUCGCAAACGUCUAUCGUCUGCAACUCACCCCGAACAUCCAGACGCUCCCUAUCCCAAGCCGCCAAGUCGUCAUCAGGCAGCUACUCCCUUCGACGAUCCCCCCGGUUGAGAGCAGCCCAAGAAGAGAUGGAGCGGGCAUCAAGAGCAUCUGGGCCGCCUUCCCAAUCCUCUGACGCGAGGGAUCAAACCUUGAUUUCCGUGAAGGAAGAAUCUGACGAUGACGAUGAAUCUCAGACGCCCACGCAUGUCACCCGUUCACCAUUGCCCACACGAUCACCAACCCCGGGGCCUUCUUCCUCUGAAGGCCCACAUUAUCAGUCUACCGUGAAUUCUGCUUCAUCCGAGGCCGGGGACUCUGAAGCCUCCUCCGACCCGCGCUCCCAAUCUGUUGAUGGACGCCUUGCCUGCGAACCUGGCGACUCUGGGAGAACCGCCUCUGAAGCCCCCUCAGAGCCGCAUUCCCAAUCUUUCAAAGGACACCAUCUCUCCGAAGCAUCCUCGGACCCGUGUUCCCAAUCUGUCGAUGGACGCCUUGCCUCCGAAGCUGGGGACUCUGAGAGAACCGCCUCUGAAGCCCCCUCGGAGCCGCCUUCCCAAUCUUUGGACGGGCGCUAUCCCUCCGAAACCUCCUCCGACCCGCCUUCUCAAUCUGUUGACGGACACAUUGCCUCCGAUGCCGGUGAUUCUGAGAGAACCGCCUCUGAAGCCCCCUCGGAGCCGCCUUCCCAAUCUUUAGACGGGCGCUAUCCCUCCGAAACCUCCUCCGGCCCGCCUUCUCAAUCUGCUGACGGACACAUUGCCUCCGAUGCCGGUGAUUCUGAGAGAACCGCCUCUGAAGCCCCCUCGGAGCCGCCUUCCCAAUCUUUAGACGGGCGCUAUCCCUCCGAAACCUCCUCCGGCCCGCCUUCUCAAUCUGUUGACGGACACAUUGCCUCCGAUGCCGGUGAUUCUGAGAGAACCGCCUAUGAAGCCCCCUCGGAGCCGCCUUCCCAUGAUGAUGAGGCCUCAGAGUCAUCCAGAGGCCCCAGAGUCACUGCUUCGCCAACACAGCAGCCCUCCUCCUCUCAUAACUACUCUCCCGCCCUGGCGGCCCCGCUUCAAGCCCAGGACUCUCAGGCUCGCCUCGCCUUUCGGGCCGACCCCAGCCCCCCGCCAACAUCUGCAGGAACUCGCCAGGCUCUCAAGCGCAAGUUGGAAGACCCCACAGAGUGGCCAGACCACUCGCAGCUGUCGCGGGAACAAAUUGAAGAGUACCUCGAUCAGCACAACGUUGCGUACAACUCAACCACUCGGAUCGCACGGCUGAUUGGCAGCUACAAUCUCCUACGCUCCAGCCUCCCCGAACUCAGCAAACCGCGAGGUUCUAAGCGCCCUAAAGAUUCCCAGUCCCACUCUCGGUCAACCUCUAGGUCUAGGCUACCUCAUUCCCGUCCUUGCCCAUCUUCUACACGCAAAAAUAGACGUAGAGUUGGGACACGUAGCCAACCCAAGGAAAACGAUCUCGUGCCGACUCACCAGCGUUGUCGUCCACCUACCAACCAUCUGUGGUGUCAACUCAGUCAUCAGAAGCUCAUUCCUCUCGGGUAUCAGUCAGCGCCCGUUCCACUUCUGCUUCAAGAGAGUUCCCCACUAGUAAUACCCGUCGGAAGCAAGCCAAGAAGAAUGGCACUCAAACUCAGGCUGGCAAGAAACCAGGAAGACCUCGAGCACGACCAUCCCAGCGUCGCCAGUGGCGCCGUCCAUCAUCUACUCAUCAUGAAGGCAACCGUGAUGUCAAUUUCGUUCCUUUUCUUCCCGACGCCUCAAAGAAAAGGAACAAGCGACAUGAUGACCUCUCUUCAAGCUCUAGCCGUAUUAAACGAACUCGCCCUGGUCACGUCACGUAGCACUAGAAAAAAACCCGCCCGACAGAAUAGCUACACACCGCAACCAUCUUUUCAUGACAGCCAUGAGCUGGGACAGCCGCAGUCCGAUCUUGAUUAUCAGCUGCCCAAGCUGCACGAAUCCGAUAGCCCGUCUAGCGCCUCAAGAGUCUUGUGCCAAAGGAACCAAUCGGCCAAUCACUCUCCAAGGUUAGUACACACCAAACGACCUCGCCCCUGUCUGGAUCGAUUUGUUAGCCCUCCUGCCCAUCCUCACGCCUCCACCUCAGAGAAUCACUCUUUUAUCCAACUUGCCCACCCAGAUCAUUUUUCUAGUCCCCCAACCAAUACUUACACAUCUACCUCCAGAGGCCGUAAGCGCAACAUAAUUCCUGAUGACAAAUCCCAAUCUGAGUCUCAGCCUGGAGACAAUCGAGCUCCCCAAAGAAAAAGGAAGCAGCCCCAUCACCCUUUUUCAAGCCCGCAACGUACCAAAAGACAAGCCACCCCGGUUUCGCGGCGUGUCCCGACCUCUGCAGAAGUUCGCCGCCGAAGACAAAGAAAACAACAAUCUGAAGAUCGGGCUCGGCGCGGGAGCCUUCAGAUCCAUCCAUCUCUCCGCGACAACGAGGUGAUCAUGCCAAGUCAUCACCCUUCAGCCAGUGGCAUUCAGGGCUGGAGGGCAUCCCUACCGCGGGAUUUGUCAGGCCCGCAGGAAUCAGUAGCGUCAUCCGGAACAGUGCUCCCACCAACACCAGAUCAAACCAAUAGUGGGCGUGUGACCGGCUGCUGCGCCGGGCAACAAUUGGUCUCUCAGCUCACAGAGGCGAGCGGUAUCCUAGCACAGUGUCUGGAUCGGGUCAGCCUCUCUCAACUUAGGCCCAGCUCCAGUGGUGAACCAAGCUCUUCAUCUGAUCCUCGUCCUUCGGGAUCGGGAGGACCUCGCAACCUCAACGGACCUCGCGACCUCACUCUUUUGGCACGAGUCCGCCUACACAUCAAGACCCUCUUUGGGAAGUGUAUGGCCAUGAAUCAAUUCCCACCCCCUGUGACCGAACGCGAGAAGGCAAACUGGAAGAAUGAAGACCUUGACAACGAAGACUCAGACGAUGAGAGCACGGCCUCUAGCGCAUCUUUGGCUUCCGAUUACGACCCAAGAUUUCCUUAUCCCAACGGUCCUGGCCAUCAGAAAGCUUCCCCGGCUAUACUCUCGAUCAUGUGGCGGACUAUGCGACGGGUUGGUGUUGUAUCAUUCCGGCCUGACUUGGCCCGGAGUCACCUUGAUGCCGAUAACGCAUUCCUAUGGGAUCUCGCCCAUAAGAUCUUCAUCAAACUUGUUCAAGCACAGGAAUAUAAGGAUAUUGACCUCGAGUAUUGCUCUGCAGCCAAAAUCCACGACGCAAUCAACUCUCAUGCGAAACAGAUACAUCGAACGUAUCGGGAGGCAGCCUGGGCUCCCCAACGACUGGACCAAAGGGCAAUUCUCAAGCGUCGACAAGCGCGCACUAAUCGGGCGCGCGGGACCGCAAAUGAAGCAACCACCAACGCCUCUGCGGGCUUGACUUCUGCCCCAACCUUGGUAGGUGUGGUGAUCCCCACGCCUGCCACAGCUAUCAUCGGACCGCAAGCCGCCUCUGAUGCCCCGGCGCCCCCGGAGGACAGCUAUGAUUACCAAGACUUGUCCUCGGAAGAUUCAGAGCCCUCGCCUUCGGCUAAUUUGCGCGCCAUGGUGCCCGCCACUCAGGAGAUUUGA